GUAGCUCGUGCAGUCUCGUCCACAUGUUCUAUCUCUCUACCUCUCACUAAGAUAACAGGGUGCUUAACGUCACAUACGCAGACUAGUCCGUUUUCUUCUUUUCGGUCUGGCUAUGGAAGGACGGUGUGCGGUUGAGACUUGGGCAGAGUUUGGCUGUUCGGGAUCAUCACGCACACCGAGGCUCAAGUGUAGCUUUGGUACAGAUGUGUUCCUCUGCACUGGCAACGACCAGAUCUAUGUCUUCAGUUCCCAGGAAAGAAAACUCACGGCUGUCAUCGAGUGUCCUGGACCCGUUACUGACAUACUUCAGAGUCAUGACCAGCAGUUCCUCUACGUGGCCUGUAGCAGCGGAGUUUAUUGUGUCGGCUCACAAUUUCUGUCAUCCAGAGCUCCAAGCUCCCCGGCUGACGCGUCCUCCAGUCCAGCUGAAGUGAAAAUGUCCCCUGAGUUUCUCGCGGUUCCAGAAGAAGGCGUGUUAUCGCUGCUCCUCGUCGGCUCCGUCCUCCUGACUCUAUCUCAGAGAGACGCGUCCUGGAUCUUGACUCUUUACAGAUCCUCAAACUACGAGAUGCUGCGUUCACUCAGUCUACCGCUUGUCUCAGGCGACACCGCGGGAAAGACGGGCAUGAGAAGGAGGCCUCUGCUGAUUUGCGUCCAUUCCAGUGCUGUUGCAGCGCCGCCAUCUCCCCCGUCCACGCCGGAAGUAAGCGGCGUAGGCGGCGACGGCCACUUGUGCCUCGAGCCGGUCCUCUUCAAACUUCUGUUUGGGAUCGACGCCGCCCUCGCCAAGUCGCCCGUCGUCCUUUGCGGCCUGCCGGACGGCUGCCUGUGUUUCCUCCCUCUGCGGCCCCCAGCGCCGCGGCUCAAAGUCCUCCACAGCCUCGAGCAGCCCGUCGCGUUUAUCGGAGUGUCCGGCGGUGCCACGGACGCUGGUCCGGGACAUGCGCGGUGUUUGGUGGCGGUGGGUGAACGAGGGAGAGUUGUGUUGAUAAAAUCAGAGAAGGGAGGAGGGGGCAACAGAACCGUUUUUAUUGAGGGGUGCGUACAGGGGCCUGUGAUGUGUGGCUGUGUGGAUGCAACGCGUCUGUACUACAGCACCGGGUCCGACCUGCUGGCGCUGGAUCUAUCGGAGGUCUCGUCGGAGAGGGACGGCCACGGAGGCGACGUAGAGACAUCCGGCGUGGCCGCCGCCCUCCGAAGCCCCGCCAGCUUGAACGUGUGCAGAGUCGUCGCCUUGGCUGAGCCGACACGCAACACUGCAGGGGAAGUUCAGCUGCUGGGACUGUCGGUUAGAGGGCAGCUCCAGAGGAUUACCGUACCUGUGGAAAGAGAGGAUGCAGGAUUGCCCGGGGGGCCUUCCACACGGGGGGGCCGCAGUGUCAGGGACCUCCUGUCCGCUAUCGGAGACGUCUGUGAAAGAGCAUCAGUGCUGAAAACUGCCAUCAAAUCCCAAAAUCAAAUCCUGAGGCGCCUGAAUCAGGUGCUCAACAUCAGCUUCCUGCUGCUGGCCGGCGGCACAAACACCGAAGAGCGUCUUCCCAGCCAGGAGAAGCCGAUCAGAUGUCGCGCCACGGCCAGCUGGAGCCGAUUACUCCAACGAGACUCCCUGAACCUGACGUGCGUCCUGGAGAAUUCAAGUCCGUACGUCUUGGAGCGCGGCUGGACGCUGAGCAUCGCCGUGCUGCCUCUGUCCCGUCCUCCCGGCGCAGGGACGCGCAGCUCCUCCUCGAGCGCCUCCUUCCCGUUCCACAGUCUGCCUCCAGGUGAGACGUUCGAGGCGUCGCUGCCUCUAGCAGCUGCGGGCGAAGCGUCCUUCCCCGUGACGGUGAGCUGCUCGCUCGUCUUCUCGCUCGGCGGCCUCCUGGGCGAGGACGCCGAGCACCUCCCCGGCCCGCGGAUCAGUUGCGUCAGUCUGCCCUUGAGCACGCUGACGGUGGACUGGCUGCACGCCCUGCAGGUGUGUAGUCCCAUCAGCACCCACGGGAAGGCCGCGUCGCAAUCCCACAACGCGACAGACGCCGUAGACGCUUUUUUAAGAGCACGAAGGGUUAGCAGCGGAAGAGGGGGAGGAGGAGGGGAGAGAGAGAGAGAGAGAGGGCGGCAUUCAGCGAGCGUUCGGGUGUCGUCAGAGUUGCUGAGGGACGCUCUGGCGGCGAAAGGCUCUGAUCUGGACACUCGGGGCUCCUCGAAGGCGGCCGCUCUCAACGUGGGCCUCUCUCUGCUGGAGUGGCUGUUGUCUGACGCGCCCGGAGGCGUCGCAGCCGGACGCCGAGGAGACCACGUCGCACCCGGCGGCGGCGGCUCGGUGGUCCGUGGGCACGAUCCAAACGGACACGCGGUCCAACUGACCGCCAAAGAGGUGAAUGUAGGGGAGGAGUCCACGGCGAAGGGGGAGGAGCCUCUGAGGGCUGUGGAGGUGCUGGUGGAGAGCUCUUCCCUGGCAGCAGUGUGUGGGCUGCAUCACGCUCUGCUGCGACGCAUUCAGGCUCUGCUGCACACGGCCCCUGAGAGAGCUGCUUCUCCAAAGAGGAUCCAGAGUCUAAGGUUAAGAGAGGCUCUGCAGCGGGCCGAGCGCCUGUUGCAGCAGAUCCGGCAAAGUCGAAUCUCAGGGGCCUUCGGUGGGGGCGUGUCCACGGGGCCGAUGACCCAAUCACUUCUCUCCGUUUACCAAGAACUCAGAGAAAACCCUCUCCUGAUAAUGUAACACAGUCUCUCCUCUGCCUCUUCCAAUGUUACGUAACUCGUCUUCGCAGCUGAUGCGUGAGAAAUAAUGUAGAUAAAUGGUCUUUUUCAUCAGUCAUAUUUUACACAUAGAUGAAUUUAUUUUUACGAUUGUACAAAACCCAAGUCUGUUGCUUCGACUCAACCUCGCUGUGCAGACGAUGACGCUCAACUCAAGGUGACUGUCGAGCUCAGGUGGAAUAAAGAUGUCUGCCAUC